AUGACAGGCACCCUCGACUGUCUGUCCGACGCGCAGAACAAGCUGCUACGCAAGUAUCAAUUCGAGCACAAGACGUUCCUGCCGUCCACAUUCAACAAACAGAAAGUGCAGCACGAGGAGCUGGAGGUUGUGGUGGAAGAUUACGACAAGUUCUUUGUGCGGGUGAGGAAGGAGGUUGAAAGAAUGCUCGAGCAAGGAAGAGCGACCAUCGUCAUCUUCAAAGAUCAUGCGGCCAUGGAGAUGUUUGCAAGAAAGUUGAAGAACGAGAAGUCUAAGUUGCAUCAGUACAAAGGCUUCGAGAAGCUCUCCGAUGCUCUCAGAUCCUCCGACCGUCAGACGAUCAUCCUGAAUGCCACGCGGCCAUUCGCCGUUACCUUGAUGACGAGGUCUUAUGGGAGGGGAACUGACUUCGCCUGCUACGAUAAAGCUCUUGUCAAAUACGGCGGGGUGCAUAUCGUCGUCACGUUUCUGCCUGAAGAUGAAUCAGAAGCAAAGCAGAUCUACGGGCGAACGUGCCGACAAGACGAUCCCGGAAGC